AUGUAUGCUGCUCUUCUCUUUAAUCAAGCCAAUUCGGAUGUGUUGGACAAAGAUGAUUUGGUCUUUGAAGAUGACCAUAUGUUGGGUGCUCGUGAUGUGAAUGAGAACACAUUGCAAAACGGUCCACUGAAAGAAAUUCUGCGAAAUCUUUCCGAAACACUGACAUAUGACGAAAUCUCCAAAUUCAACAUUAGCAGAAAUCACAUUUGGGAGGGAACAAAAAAAGCACUCAACAGAAAAUCAUUUCAACCGCGCAUUAAAAUAUCUGUAAAAUUUACAGAUAAUAUUGGUGCAUCAGAGGGCGCAGUUGACCUCGGUGGCCCUGCAAGGGAAUUCUUCACAUUAGUUACAGAAUGGUUGGUAAAUUCGCAGCUAUUUUUUGGUGUGGAAACCUCAAAGUUCUUAUCCUUGAAUGCCAAUUGUUUGGAAGAAAGAGAGUAUUACCUAGCAGGACAAAUAUUUGCUAUGUCGUUGGUUCAUGGUGGCCCAGGUCCCAAAUGCUUUGCAGAGUCAUGUUAUUAUGUCAUUGUGAAAGAAACUGGAACCCAAAACUUUCAUGCUGAUGUGAAUGAUGUUCCUGAUUAUGAACUGAGAUCAUCAUUUGGUCGAUUGCUAAAAGCUUCUGAUGCUAAAGAGGCCACACAGAUAAUCAAUAAUGAAAAGCUCGAUGUUCUUCUUGAUAUGGCUGGUACGUUCCAAGUGGUUAAAACAGCUGAUGACAUUCAGAAUAUGGUUCAGAAAACAGUCGAUUGGUAUGUUUUGGGCAGAGUUCAGGCAGCUUUACAACAGUUUCAGAGAGGGUCUACAAGC